GGCUCGGACGAGUCGGAUGAUAUUGAAAUAACCGGUAGUGCUGGCUUUAACACUGCCGUGGACUCGUUCCCUUUCGUGACCCCCUCUAUAUCGGAAAGUAAAGCUCGUUAGAAGAAAUAUGAUGCAAGCGAAUUUUUGGAACUUGGUGACCACUACUGUCAGGCCAGUAUGCGUCAAGCGUGUUGUACCAGGCUUGACAGCUGCACAGCAGCGCAGGUACGCCAGCACCUUGGACGCAGAUGUAGUGGUAAUAGGUGGAGGACCCGGUGGUUACGUGGCGUCGAUCAAAGCUGCCCAAUUAGGAAUGAAAACAGUCUGCGUGGAGAAGGGUGAAACGCUUGGUGGAACUUGUCUGAAUGUUGGAUGUAUUCCGUCGAAGUCUCUUUUAAACAAUUCACAUUACUAUCAUAUGGCACACAGCGGGGACUUGAACAAUCGUGGUAUUGUUGUGGAAAACGUGAAACUGAAUCUCGAGAAGCUGAUGGAACAGAAACGCAAUGUAGUGAAAGCUUUAACUGGUGGAAUUGCCGGUUUAUUUAAAAAAAACAAAGUCGAAUGGGUAAAAGGUCAUGGGAAGAUCACUGGUCAAAAUCAGGUCACUGCCCUUAAUCCGGAUGGCUCUGUCGCAAGCACUAUCAAUACCAAGAACAUUAUCAUUGCAACAGGCAGCGAAGUCACUCCAUUCCCUGGUGUAGAAAUCGAUGAGAAACAAGUCGUCUCUUCCACCGGUGCUUUGUCGUUAGAACAGGUGCCCAAGAGGCUUAUUGUAAUCGGUGCUGGAGUCAUCGGUCUAGAAUUAGGAUCUGUUUGGCAGAGGUUGGGCUCGCACGUAACCGCAGUGGAAUUCAUGCCAUCCAUCGGUGGAGCGGGUAUCGACGGUGAAGUCAGCAGUUCGUUACAGAAGAUUCUCGCAAAACAAGGUUUAGCCUUCAAAUUGGGUACCAAAGUAACCGCUGCCAAGCGCAGCGGCAGCGAAGUCGUAGUUUCCGUCGAAGAUGCAAAGGACCCCAGCAAAAAGGAGGAUAUCCCGUGCGACGUACUUUUAGUUUGCGUUGGUAGGAGACCGUAUACCAAUAAUUUAGGGCUCGAGGAUAUGGGAAUUGAGAGGGACGAGAAGGGCAGGAUCCCUGUAAAUAGCAGAUUCCAAACAGUUGUACCUUCGAUAUUCGCCAUCGGUGACUGCAUUCACGGACCGAUGUUGGCACACAAAGCCGAGGACGAAGGAGUCAUCACUGUCGAAGGCAUUGCCGGAGGUGCCGUCCACAUCGAUUAUAAUUGUGUACCCAGUGUAAUAUACACGCAUCCCGAGGUCGGUUGGGUAGGUAAAUCGGAGGAGGACUUGAAAAAGGAGGGCAUCGCAUACAAAAUUGGCAAAUUCCCACACAUGGCGAACUCCAGGGCGAAGACAAACCUGGACACGGAUGGUUUCGUGAAAGUAUUAGCCGAUAGCACUACGGAUAAAAUAUUAGGCGUUCACAUGAUUGGUUCGGUGGCCGGUGAACUUGUUAACGAAGCUGUACUCGCCAUGGAAUACGGAGCAAGCGCAGAGGACGUUGCAAGGACAUGUCACGCACAUCCGACAUGCGCCGAAGCUCUGAAGGAAGCGCAUCUCGCUGCGUAUUUCGGCAAGCCCAUCAAUUUCUAAGCGCCUUGUGUAAAAACAAUUAUUCGGAGAGCUGCUGCUCUAUACUUCGACUCGUCGUAGCCUUUUAUCUAGUCUACGCUCCAAACGUCACGUCGCGCUGCCACGUCUAGCGCGUUUAUCCACAUAUGAACGAACAAGUUGUAAAUAAAACUGUGAAAGGAUGUACGAAAAUACUGCUCCUUUUAUAUAUUAGAUUUACCUCCGUUUCUUGUCUUAUUGUAUUUAUUAUGAAUAAAUUCGUAAAUCGUUACAUAAGCGUCCGAGAACGAUGCCUCGUAUUUUACGAGCGCGUUGUCUAUCGUGCUACCGAAAUAAUUCCUCACUCGGGAAGAUAACUUUUUUUUUCUAUUGUUACGUCACCCGUAUUCCCUUGACCGAUUUUAUUGGACACGUUGCACCAAUUCUGGUACCGAGCAACCGGUGACCUUGGAGUUAAGGAAAUGUAACCUCGACGUAAACUACUUAAUAAUUUUAUUUGCUUCUCUAAAUGAAAGAAUUUGUCGUAUCGAAAUUAUGAUAUUCAGAAAAAGAACGAAACGUUUUGGUGUAUUUGACUUAAAUACAUUUGAUCAAAUAAAAGCCCUGUUUUCCGUUAA